AUGAAAGCAAAGAUUUUGACGGAACAUCCCGAUUGGAAAGUCUCAGAACGCCGGGUCAAGAAAUAUAUCAAACGCCAUUCGAACGGGUUGAAACUUUCUGAUAUGGACGACGAAAGUACUGCUGUAGAAGGAACAAAAUCGAAAUCUUUCAUCAAGAGGAUAUUCCAAAAGAAGAGAAGGCCUUCUCAAAAGCCUCCCAUCAGCGUUAUUGAAGAGGGAGUGCUACAAUCGGUUUCAGAAACUGAUUUGGAAGCUGGUUUGGACCCUGGGAUGGAAGCUGCUGGUGUGGAAGCUGUUGUAGACCCAGAUUUGGAAGUGAAGACAUCUGAUGUAGACACAGCAGUGGAAAAGGGGAAGAAUCUUGAUGAGAAGAUCUACGAAGAAGGGGAAUCAGAGGAGAAGAAGGAUUGCGAAUGCAACGCGUGUAUUAUUUCUUAG